AUGAAUAAUCUUAGAAGACGAAGAUGGUCAAAGGAGGAGAACUAUGAAGUGAUGUGGGCAUACUACAGUGCGAUUGCAAGUAAAAUCGCAGCUCCAAAAACAAGAGGCACUUUCGAGAUCUGGAGAAAUCGUAAUCCAAAUAUUAUGCCAGAAAUGAACGCACAAAAACUGUCAAACCAGCGACGUGUAAUAGAAAGGAAUUUAACGGAAGCAGAACGACAGGAAAUAAAAUGCGGUGUGUAUUCGUACCUUCACCAGCAAGAAAAUGAACCUACACUGCCACCUGCUACCAUAGAGAGUAAUAAAGGAGAGCUAGCUGAGAAUAACAACACUCCUAUAACGACUAAGAAUGACGAAUUAUCUGAGAAUAACGAUGCCAGGUGGCAUGCUCAGGGUGAGGCAGUUGAACUGGAAAAACAGAUUCUUGAAAAAUAUCAUGAUGUGCAGGCUACUCGGAUUGAACACCGUAAAGGGAUAAAAAAACCAAAGUAUGGUAAACACCUGACCGAAGAUAUUAGAAAAGCGAAUAGAGCACUAGGUAAAAUCUGCAGAGAUAGACAGUUAACAAUAACUGAUCUCAAUCAUCUAAUAUAUGCUUCUGCAGCUAUAAUAGCGGGAGAGGAAGAGAAUAACAACAGCCCUAGGACUAAAGAAGGACCUGAAGGCCCCCGAUGGAAGAUGCGCCUAAAGAACAAAAUUUCGCAAAUUCGCCAAGAAAUAUCCAUUUUAAGCGAAAUAAAUAAGGGGGUAGUUUUCAGUCAUGUUUUAAAUAAAGCUGACCGAAUAAGGGCUAAGUAUAGCCAUUCAUCGCUUGGUGACCUAAUAAACACACUAAAAAUGAAGUUGCAAGCGAAGGCUCAGAGAUUGCGGCGAUAUACAAGACGUGUCGAUCAGUACAAACAGAAUAGGCUAUUCCAAGCAAAUCCCAAGAAAUUUUACAGGAGUCUAAAGGAAGAAGUACAGAUGCCAAACAUGUACAUGCGAAAAAAUUUCAAUAAUCGAGGAAGUAGGACAAAGGACAACCUUAAAAAUGCUAUGGCAGCAGUUAAAGAUGGUUUAAUGCCCGUUAGAAGAGCUUCUUUAUCAUUCCAAAUUCGUCGCAAGACCUUGGAAAUAAGGCUUAAGCAUAGUAACGAUAAAAAAUGGAAGCUGGGCCCUGAUUCUUUGUUGGGUACUUCCAAUGAGAAGAGGAUGGUUAGACAUAUCAAAAAUAUGCAGAAAAGCGGAUUUUCCUUAACCAGACAAGAUGUGCGCAGGCUUGCUUACGAAUUCACUAAUCAAUUGGGAUUUAGGCAGAAAUUUAACCCUAACACCGAAAUGGCUGGACACGUCUGGCUGCAAUAA